CAGUCAUGCGACUCCAGAAGCGGGGGGAUGCUGGGAAUCAUAGUUUAACUUUCCCAACUCUCCAGUUUUUUUGCAACACUACUGAAGAAUGUUGAAACUCAGCAUCCCAUAGAACACUGCUAUCAUAUCCUCCUCCCACGUGACUUAAUGUGUUUAUAGAUGCAGCAAUUUAGCUUUCACUAAUUUGUCAGCUAGCUAUCUCUCAUACGAAAAAAGCUAUUUGUAAGACAUUUAAGGGAGCACAAAAAAGUGUUAAGUGGAAAUGUUGCUGGAAUAGUUACUGUCGUGCCUCUAGUUCAUCCGUUGAGAAGUGACAACGUAAGCUAGUUCCCCAGCUAAAAACAGGCGAGCUAGCUUGUUGUUUUUGAAUGGAUCCGCCUGUGAAACCUCUAACGUUAUCUAGCUAGCCAAAAGAAGCAUAUUGAAGCCUAAUGAUUGGAAUUUCGGGGGAUUUUUGCUAAAGGAAUUGCAAGGCACUUAAUCUUCUUACAGUGAUGGAGGAAGUUGAUAAGAUUUUAAUUCACUCCCUUAGACAGACCGGCACGGACGUGGGGGAGGAUGUUCAGAGUGUGAAGCGCUUCUCCAGUGAGCUCAUAGUGGAGGCGGUAGUGAAAUGUCUGCGAGUGAUCGACCCGGCCCUGGGGAGCAGCCUGUCCCACUCCUUACCCCCCGGCAUGUCUGCCCGCUUUCGAGUGGGCAUGAGCCUGGCACAGGCCUGUCAGGACCUUGGCUACAAGGGAGAGAUUGGCUACCAGACUUUUCUUUACAGCAAUGAGCCAGAGAUCCGCUCCCUGCUCAUGUUCCUGGUGGAGAAGCUGCCCAGAGAAAGUGCUGAGGCCUUGGACCAACCAGCAGGUAAAUCGGUCCUCCUCCAGAAAUUGAUAGCUGCCCAGAUCAAAGCUCAGCUGGCCUUGCCUUGGCUCCCUCCAUCUUGCAGACUACCCCUCCUAUGUAAAACACAGAACCCAGGACCUUCCCACAGUUUCCACUCUCAGCCCCUUAGUUUACUGCACUGCCUCAAAGUGCCUGGGAAAAAGCAAUUGAAAGAGGAAAAGGACUACCACAGGGAAUUUCUUCCACCUGUGACUGCACAGCCGUCGCAGCAUGCCUCAGUGCCGGCCUCCCUGCUGGAGCUGCAUGCAGGGGAGCUUAGUGCCGCCCAGGAGUGGGACAAUGAGUGGAACAGCCAAGGCCUCCUUUCCCGCCUCACCCCUGAGGAAUAUCGCUCCAGGAAGCGUGCCCGUCUGCAGAAGCGGAUCGAAGAGCAGCUGCGCACUGCGGCCCAGUCUCACUCGGAUACCCUCGGUGCCCACACGGCGUCUGCUCUCACAGAGCUACUUCAGUCCUUCGGGGGCUCCUCCCUUGGUGGUGACAUCCUCGCCAAGGGCACCCGCUUCACUCACACCGAGAAAUUCACUUUCACACAGGAGCCUGCGAAAGCCUCCCAGCAGAUGGCGGCCAGCUCCCUUCCCAGCUCGCAUCAGUCGGAGGAGGAACUGCAGGCCCGACAGCAGGAGGAGCUGGCCUCCCUGCAGCGGCAGCUACAGCAGCUCUCCCUCAGCCUAGAGGAGGUGGGCGGAGACAUGAGGCAGCUCACCGUAUCCAUACUUCAGGUGUCAGAUGAGCUGAAGCAGAAAGAGCUGAGCAAGGCAGAGAAGGAGGACUCUGUGUGGGUGAAGAAGCAGACCAUUGACCUGAUGCCGGACGCAGAGAACAACCUGGCCAAGCUGCAGGCCCUGGUGGAGGGAAGUGCCAAGCGAGUGGUCAACCUUGCUGCGCAGUGGGAGAAACGCAGAGCUCCGCUCAUCGAUGAGCACCGCAGGCUCAAGGAGCUCUGCAGCAACCAAGAGAUGGAGUCCUCCAGAAAGCUAUCUGAAAUCAAAGAGCUUCACAACAAAAUCCAUCAGUCUGCGGAGGAGUCCAAGAAGAAGGAGGCACUGUAUAAACAACUGAUAACAGAGUUUGAGAAUCUCCCCAAAGAUGUCUCUCGCUCAGCAUACACUGCGAGGAUCCUGGAGAUCGUUGGCAACAUCAGGAAACAGAAGGAAGAAAUUACAAAGAUUCUGUCUGACACUAAGGAGCUGCAGAAAGAGAUUAACAAUCUGACUGGAAAACUGGACCGAACGUUCGCUGUGACUGAUGAGCUGGUCUUCAAGGAUGCGAAGAAAGAUGAAUCUGUCCGCAAAUCCUACAAGUACCUGGCAGCCUUGCAUGAGAACUGCACUCAGUUGAUCCAAACUAUUGAGGACACAGGCACAAUCAUGAGAGAGAUCAGAGACCUGGAGGAGCAGAUUGAAACUGAAAAUGGUAAGAAGACUGUAAGCAACCUGGAGAAGAUCCUCGAGGACUACAAAGCCAUUCGCCAGGAGAACUCUGCUCUGGCUGCCAAGAUCAGAGAGGCCUGACGUGACCCUCCCCAUGCUGCACCGUAGUGGCCACCUGAUGUGUCUGCUGGUCAAACUGACUGGUAGCAUGCCCUUGAGACUGACUGCCUGUCCUCUGUCUGUGUGUGUGUGUGUGUGUGUGUGUGUGUGUGUGUGUGUGUGUGUGUGUGUGUGUGUGGAACCAAGAAAGUACACUCCAUCUGGUCUCAAGACUUUCAACGCUGUCCUUUGUCCACUGUCUUGUUGCAUUGCCUUCUGGGAGCACUGACGGCAUAUGGGGAAGGGGAGAUAGAUUUUUGUACCAUUUUUAAUGCACAAACUUUGGCUUACCCAAAAACCAUGCUGGAUAAAGAAGUGUGAUGUGUAACAACACAGUGCUGAAUUAUACUGGCCUUGCCUCCCUGGUAUCCAUACACUGGUUCCAUAUUGAUUCCACCCAAUCAAAAAAUAAGUUAGGAAAAUUAUGCUGACCUUUUCUAUUAUACAUUUGUAGUAGUUCUUCAAAAUUGCAGUAGUUCUGAUAAAUCAAUCAAGUGAAUGUCUUAAUGAUCUACUUUGAAAUUCACUGCAAUUCAGGUGAAUUUCUUAAUGUUGGCUCUCAAUUCCCCAGAACAAUGCAGUGGUUAGGUACGGCCUAAGACCCCAUUCAUGCCAUAUUUUGUCUUAACUGGGGUCGAUUUGGAGAUUACUAGGUUUGUCCAUUCUAGUUCAUUCUCAUGCCUUGAAAUCAAAUGCUGCUUUUGUCUGUCUCAUUGGCUCAGUGUUAUUUGGAUUAGGGAGCCUUGGUGCAAAGUAAAUGGCCUCACCUUUUGAGCACUGAUCUCCUGAAAUGGUCUAGACUAGGUAACAAACCACAUUGAUUGAUGUAAUGAAUCAUGUGAAACUUGUAUAAAAACAAUACAAAAUGUUUGUCAUAGCAGAAAAUGAACAUGUUAAUGAAGGGCUGUUGCUUUCUUUCAUGUUUAUUUUAUUUGAAAUGCUGAAAGGUCCUUAGUGUCAUUCGUAUGCUGUCCUUUUUUUUUGUUUUGCUUGAUCCUGGAGGGGAUGCCUGUUGAACUGGCUCUCGAGCCCUGUUUAUACCUGGUGCCAACAUGCCCCCUUUGUCCUAAUCUUGUCAACAUUCUUGACUGCCCACAUUUUUAGACUGGUAUAGACUAUUAAAGACACAUGAUCUCAUUGUUAUCAGAUCUUCCUGA